UAGCAGGGUUUUUCCCCAUUAGAAAGGGAAUUUUGUGCAAGACUCAAUUUAAAGGAGAGUCUGCCUGCUCUUCUGUCAACCAUCAGACUGCAUUGCACCUGAACACCAGAAUGCUGUCAUACAUCGUCUUCUGUUGUGGCCUGCUCUGUGUGCAAGCACACAUGUAUUGCAGAGUCGAAGAGAUUAUUAGGAAUACGCAUGAGCUACUUGCAGAAAACUUUGAAACCUGCGACUGUAGUCUGACUAGUUCAUGUUUAUGUCUUCCCAUUUCUUGGACUGGUUGUGAAUUGUCGUGCUUUGUGGAUGGAUUUAAAAGAAUGAAUGAAACACUGCAAGUUGGUGUCGACGUGAGGGAUACGAUUCGUCACGUUCAUCGAUCACUUUCGCAACUGCAGAAAAAAACGUGCAAAAAUCUCCUGACCUGUAGAGGACCCUGUCACACAAAUUCCACUGGGAACAUAGAGAAAUUCUUAACACUCGUCAAAACAACCUUUCAGCAAGUGAGAAAAGAGAAAAGCGGAAAAAAAUGACAAAGGAG